AUGGAAGUCUGGGCGGGCAGUAUAAAUAUCGAUACUAGCUCUGAUCUGAAGAUCAAACUCAUCACCGCAUCUCAACGGCGCGAAAAUAUUCUACCAAAAGAUGCUAAAUUAUCAUUACGCAGCUUGGUCAACCCGGCUCUGAUCCCUUUAUAUGCGCGAGCAGGAUCCAGUGUCGAACUACAUUCUACCACCGAGGAUACGUCGGAAUGGUUGAAAUCAAGGUUACUCGGCGGUAUCUGGCUUGACGAAGAUGAUGGGGCAAUCUUUGAGCACUUCAAAACUAUUCAAUGCCCGGUGGGCUUGUUGGUUGACGUGACUACCGGCCAAACUUAUAAUUCGGCCACGCACAAUGUGUCGGAUCUCCUUAUAUACGGUAUACUAUCAUCUAGUCAUGACGAGUCCAGGAUUCGACCACCUUCUCCACCCGACUCAUCUUCUCUCGUCGGAGAAAAUGGCUUAGAGCAAUCCUCCAAGGCCAGGAAAGAGCUACGAAUAUAUGCCGCCCCGCUAGCAGCGUCUUAUGCGCAAAAAGUCCAAGAUAUACCUUCACCACCCUCAAGCGCUGCUGGGGAUGAUACUCCUUCAGGAAGCGGCAAAGAUGGAACUUUUGCGAACUUUCUGCCAGAUUUGCGCUCGCCCAGUCCCAAGCGUAAACGGAUAUUGUCCCUUUUCGAGGGAGCGGCGCAACACCAUCGCCGUGUCCGGCAGCGGGAGAUGAUGCCUCAACUAGCCUCGGUCAAGAUUAAGAGCGAGGCUGAUGAACUCGGUAGUCCUAUGUUAGGACAGUCGGAUCUGCGUAGAGCUCGCUCACUGUCAUUGGGUGGAAGUCAGUUGAGUAAACUCAGUGAAAGCGCGAGUGUUGGUGACAAGAGACCCGGCUCAUCGAAGGGGAUGAUUAAUCGCCGAGAUUCUAAAUCGAGACUUAACUUGUCUUAUGCAUCAAAUAGCAUUGAGACGGCACGCAGCCAAUGCGUUGUACCUUCUCCGACAGUUGACUUUGUAAAACCAGCGCCACCGAACGAUGGCCCCGAGCCACAAUCAUUAUCGUCACCAACGGAUGGAGAAACACUCGUGACACGAAACAAAGAUCUGAUCACUCGUACAAUCCUGACGUGCAUGCGUCUGUAUGGUUACAACCGCAAAGCAAACCGCUCUACAAAACCCCCAACAGUUGGGACGCGCGAACCAAGCCAUGAACCAGACGCUUAUCAACGUGAAAGUAGCAUGAUGCCAGAAUACUCAAAUGUCCCAGUAGGCGAAGAGGCCAAACAAUCCAGCUCCGUCACCGAAGAGGACGAUUUCAAAGCAAUGUAUCAUGCUACAUACAGAGCGGCGACGUUUGCUCUGCGGCAUUACUUGAAGGUGGUAGCUGUCGAGACAUUACCACCUGUUCUAUCAAAGGAUACGGCAACUAAUGUGAUCGAUGGGAUAUUGAAGAUUUUUUGUGAUGACCAGUUGAAGCCGAGCGUUGCCAACGAUUCCAUAUGA